AAGUUGGUUUUAAAAUUAUAUUUGUUUUCUUUAUGUCUCAUGUGUAAUAAUAAUCAGUAAUGUAUUUCAUAACUGCUGGCUUUUUUAUUUUCUUAUUAAUAACGGGAUGUGACAGUACAUCUUAUAAAAAUCAUGCGUUGCUCCGUGGCGUUCCGUAUGAUGAAACGGAGUUGAUAUUCUUCAAAACACUGGACAAGGCCUACAAUGUAAUGUGGUGGAAGGAACCAACUUUAGUUCAAAAACCAGUGGAAUUCAGCAUUAGUCCUCGUAACUUAGCAGAACUCUAUAGGGAUACGGAGAAGAUGAGCGUUCGCUUCAUUAUUGUGAUCAGGAAUUUACAGGGGUACGCUAAUGAAAUGCCUUCGAUAAACAAAAAGCCAGUCCCUACUUCAGGCGUAACAUGGAAUCCUUCAACUGGCACAGCUACUAUCGCUUAGACGACAUUUAUGACUGGCUCAAAGAUGUUAGCGCUCAAUACCCACAGGAGGUGCAGCUUCGAAGGGUUGGCAAAACUCACGAAAACAGAACAAUUAUAUCUGCAAGACUGUCAUUGAAAGGAUCCAUAAACAGAUCCAAAGUGAUAGUGGAAGGAGGUUGCCAUGCGCGGGAGUGGUUGUCUCCAGCGGUUGUAACUUACAUGUUAUAUACAUUAUUAAAUGCUAAUAAGUAUAAAGACCAAGAGCUGGAGCGCAUCGCGUACACGUACACUUGGGUUUUUAUACCUGUCAUGAACCCAGACGGAUAUGAAUAUAGCCAUACAACGGAUCGCUUAUGGAGAAAAAAUCGUCGUCCUGGCGGUGGUGUAGAUUUAAAUCGAAACUACGGUAUUGCAUUUGGAAGUCACGGUGCAAGUACAUAUCCAACCAGCAUCCAAUAUUGUGGUGACAGUGCUUUUUCCGAACCGGAGACAUAUUCAAUGGCAACUAUGGCAAGGGAACAUAGACACAAAUUAGAAUACUACAUUUCGUUUCACUCUUAUGGCCAGUUUUUAAUCAUACCUUACGCACAUUUGAUAGAACAUGAGGAUAACUAUGACAAAGUGAAAAAAAUGGCCGAUAAGGCGGCUGAACGAAUGAAAGUAAAUCACGGGAUUACAUACAAAUCAGGCACUGCUUACGAAACAGUGGGAUACUUGGCGUCUGGAACGAGUAGUGACUGGGUGAAGAGAGCCUUAAAUGUUUCUUAUGUUUUUACAAUUGAGCUCCCCGACACGGGGGCCCACGGCUACGCCCUGCCGCCAGGUCGCAUCCUGCCCUCCUGCCAGGCCAUUAUGGACGGCCUGCUAGAUAUCUUUACUCCCCAAUCUAAAAGAUUCUUGAGAUUGCAUGACAGCGCCGCAGGGAAAAAUCGACUAUGUGUUAAAGUUAUAUUUUUUUGUAACAUGUUUCUGUAUGUUAUGAUAUAUGCAAUAAAUUAUUUGUGUUAAAGUUAAAA